UCUCUCAAAUUAUGAUUAGAACAAAUUCAGCAGUUCUUAUUUAAACUUUGUUUGUACACAGAUUACGCUUGUUUAGCUUGUGAAGUGUGGCUGAGUGAUUUGAAAUGAGACUUUUGUGCGUUCUACUAAUUUUAAGUGUUAAUUGGGUUGUGUACAGUGCGGGAGAAGACACCGAUGAUGAUGAUGAAUUCGAUUUCGACAAUUUUGAUUCAUAUAUAACUACGGAAAAUUAUGAAUAUACAACCCUCGAUCCAUGGUCCUUUUUUCCAUCCCAUGAAGACGAAACUGAGCCUCCAGCUAAAGCUGUAGAAAAGCCAGAAACCGAGGAGCCUACAAAGGAAGAAGCAAUUGCUUCAACCACGAAGAUACCGCCCAAAGAUUCAGUUGAUCCAAAAGAAGAUAGUAAACCCGACGGGGGAUCUACAGAAGGUCCGAAAAUUAUCGACGAAACUAAAAAGAAUGUCGAUGAUGAUAAACCACCAAAGAGUGAUUCAACAACUCCAGCUCCUGAUGAAGCCAAAGGAACAGAUUUGCCGGAUAUAGACGAGAAAACUGAAUCGGCAACUGAUGUAGACCCAGAACCCCUGGCUGAGGAAUCUACUGAGUCUACUGAGAAAUCAGUGUCUUCUACAUCCGAGGCGUCAGAAUCUACAAAAAAACCCGCAGAUGAAGAAGGAAAUUCCACUACUAACACGAAACCGGGGGAAGCUACUACGGAGCCGGAUGUAGCUACUAUGAAGCCAGAGGAAAGUACUAUGAAACCGGAGGAAGCAGCUUCAACAAAACCACCAUCCUCCCCAGAAACACUCCCAAGCGCAACUACAGUAAAAUCAAAGGAAACAAGUAGCCCUGAUUCAACUGAAAUUGAAACAACAACCACGACCACGGCAAAACCAGCAGAAUCAACAGAAAUUGAACCAAUGACUACAGUAAAACCAACCGUGCCAACUAGUCUAGAUAUGACUAAAGCAGAACCCCCCAAAACAACUCCAAUGACACCUUCAGAAACUCCUGAACCAGUAAAACCGACAGAGUCGACGAUUUCAGAACCAACUGAAAAGGAGCCAGGUAAAACAACACCAAUCCCGACGACAUCAAAACCAACGGAAUCAACUGUACCAGAGCCAACUGAAAUGGAACCAUCAGCAACCACUGCAAGCAUCACAACAGCAAAACCGACUGAAUCAAUCCCACCAGAGUCAACAGAAGCGAAACCAGCAGAAACAACACCAAAUGCAUCUACAAUGAAGUCGACAGAAUCAGCUACUUCGAAGCCAACUGAAAUGGAAUCAGAUAAAACAACAACAAGCACCACACCGGUAAAGUCGAGUGACCCAGAAAGCUCAGAUGCAUCAGAAACAACUGCAGCUGGUACUACAGUGAAACCAACGGAAUCAUCUACACCAGAAUCAACAGAACUGGAACCAAGCGAAAAACCUACAUCCGUAGCUGCAGAAAAUGCAACGGAGCCAACUAAAAAGGACUCAGCUGAAACAACGAUGAGCCCGACUACCGUAAAACCAACAGAAUCAUCGUCUCCGGAAUCAGCUUCCUCUGAUCCUACUGAAGCGGAAUCAGAAAAAUCAACUCCAAGUGCGACUACAGUAAAGGCAACGGAGGCAGUCUCACCAGAGUCUACUGAAGCUGAACCAGAUGAAACAAGUGCGAGUGCGCCUACGGUAAAAUCAACGGAGGCAACUCCCUCAGAAACAACUGAAAUGGAACCAGCAGCAGAAAUUACCCCAAUUGCAACAACAGUAAAACCUGAAGAAUCUACUGCUUCAGAUCCAACUGCAGAAAAACCAACUGAGGCAGUGACAACCACGACCACAGCAAAACCAACCGAUGCAGUCCCUCCAGAUUCAACUGAACCUGAACCAGAAAAAUCUAGUCCAAGCAUAACUACAGAAAAAUUGGAAGAAUCGGAAUCAACUAAAACGGAACCAGUUGAAACAACCCCAACUGCAACUACAAUGAAACCAACUGAGGCAGCUUCGCCUGCUUCUACUGAAACUGAAUCAGAUAAGCCAACUUCAAGUGCGACUACAGUAAAACCAACGGAACCGCCUCCAGAAUCAACUGAACCGGAACCCGCAGAAACAACUCCAGUUAUGACAACAGCUUCUACAGCAGAAUCAACUCCGCCAGAUCCAAUUGUAACAACCGAGAAAGCGACUACAAUAAAACCAGCAGAAUCAGCACCUCCGGAUUCAACAGAACCUGCACUAGAUAAAACAACUUCAAGUGCAACUACAACAAAACCGACAGAAUCGAUUCCUGAUGAGCCAACUGAAAAGGAACCAGUAAAAACAACCCCACAGCCGACUACAGUUAAACCCACAGAGGCAACUACAGUUAAACCAACAGAGCCAGUUCCAGAACUAACUUCAAUGAAGUCAGCAGAAACAACUCCAAGCAUGACAACAUUAAAAUCAACGGAAGUAACUUCUACUGAUCCACCUGUAACAGAACCAACAGAAACAAUGCCCCUUGCGUCCACAGUAAAACCAACAGACUCAGCUUCUCCAGAGUUAUUAGAACCUGAGUCAGAUGAAACAACUCCGAGCGUAACAACAGUAAAACCCGCAGAAUCACCCAGUGAGGAGUCAACUGAAAUGAAGCUACCAAAAGCAACCCCUGCUCCAACUACAGUGAAACCCACGGAAUCACCUUCCCCAGAUCCUAGUGUUGACGAAUUAGAUAAAUCAACUCAAAGUGCGAUGACAGUAACGCCAACGGAAUCAUCUCCUGAAUCAAGUGAAAUGAAGCCGACAGAAACCACUCCGAUUGCGACAACAGCAAAAUCAACCGAACCGACACCUUCAGAACCAACUGAGGGAACUCCAAUCGAAACUUCAGUGAAACCGACAGAACCAACUACUUCGAAACUAACUGAAGCUGAACCUGAUGAAACAAGUCUAAGUUCGACUACAUCAAAACCAGCAACAGCUACGAUAACUGCAAGUACGACUACGGUUAAAUCGAAAGAAUCCGAAACUUCAGCGCCAACUGAGAUGACACCAGUUCCAGAGACUACUACAAAACCAACAGAAAAUACUACGAAACCUAUGGAACCUGUUCAAGAAACGGACGAGAAAGCUAUUGAAAAGAAAUCAGAUAGUGACGCGGCUUCUAAACAAAAUAAAACGACGGUGAAACCAACAGAAUCGGAUGAUAAGACGACUCCGCAACCGGAUGAAACUAUGAUCAAACCGCUACCUUCACCAAAAACAACGACUACUGAGUCGAGCAAAACUACAACCGAAAUUUCCGUUGAAACUAAAUCUGAGGCAGAGGGCGAAACUACUGUCAAACCAGCGGAAACUUCUCCUACAUCAGUAAAGCCUAUACAAAAAACAACUACAACCAAGCCGAGGAAGCCUACUGUAAGGGCUACAACAAAGCCAAGAAGACCUGUUAUAAAAACAACUCCCAAAUCAACUGCAACCACGCAAAGAAGAAGAAAAACAACAACAAAACCAAGGAGAACCACUAAGCCAACAACGCCUAAGCCAGUAACUACACCAGCUAGAGUAACAACCCCAAAACCAACAACUCCCGAACCUAUUACAACGACGAGUGAACUAGUUGUGCUUACAACAACUUCUAAGAUAAUCUUUGAUAAUCGGUUUGGAGGUGAACAGCCAACAACUAAACCUACAGAACCUGAUUCCACGGAAGAGCCGUACCCAACGUUUGACCCCAGAUUCAAGAUACCUAUUGAUGAUCCCCAACCAUCAUCAAUUCCAAUCAAACCAUUCACAACAAUGUUUGGAGAAAAACCGAGAAGACCUGUUGAAAAACCAGGUCAGCCAGACUCGCGAGAAUAUCCAGCGCCCACCGAACCGACGCGACGAUUUGAAGAGCCAAUGCAACCCAAAUCGCGAGAUGACCUGAAUCCAGAGUUUGAUCCGGAUUUGAGGAAGCCAGAUGUAGAGCCCACAGAGUCCGUUUACGUGCCCAAGUUUUAUAUCAAAUUGAAGGAUCCUAGGUGUAGUUGCAUGAAACGGGUUGAUUUGAAGCCUUUAACAAAAACGGACGUAGAAUCGGAGAAGCCUAAGCCAGAUGAACCAGAAGAAGACAAGAGUCGAGAAACUUUGGAAAAAGACACUGGUGAAGCACCAGACAACAUUGAGACCCUUACCGAGGACGUUCCUGAAAGCGGAAACCAACCAACAACAGAGAAUGUGAGACGGAUAUCAUUAGACGACAUCGGAACCAUCUUGAAACCAAUACCAGUUCCGAAAGAGGUGCAAAGUGCGUUCCCGAACUAUCGAACAGUACAAGCUACACCAUCACCUCCUAUGGCUUGCAGUUAUAAUGUGCAAGGAAUAUUCUGCCGUUAUAGAUUUGCAUUUGUUCCUCGACGAUAUAUUUACUAUGCUGUAGUCCGGAAUCGGAAUCCAUGGUGUCACUUCUACAGAUACCACGACUUCUCUGGGAGACCAGUUUACCUAAAAGUCGUACGACAGCAACGGAGUGUUGUGCAACCGACGCCGCAGCAAAGACCCCCGCACUUUUAUUACACAUACAAUACGCCAUUUACAAAUCAGCAGAGGGUGUGGAUACCGACUUCGGGAGGAACACAGUAUACGCAAACUUCUUUCCGAACUUUACAGCCUCAGUCUACGCAGUUUACACAGCACUCAUUUCAAAGUUUACCUCAGGCUUCGCAUAAUUAUCAAGGAAAUCCAUUUCUCCGUCAUCAUCAACCAGUUGCUAGGGAUUGUUAUUAUAAAGUUAAGGAUGGUCCACUUUGGAUGGUCGGUGAUACGAAUUUUGGCCGAAUUCUUAUCGAUGAAAACACAUACAAAAGGUGCUUUUAUUGUUGCAGCGAAUCCUACAAUGAAAGCUGCCAACAAACAUAUCUGUCAGGUUGCGGAUUAAGGCAAGUUCAACCGCUUCCGCAACCUAUUCAACAGCCUCGUCCACAACCACAACGUCAUCAUUUGAACAGUCCAUGUACGGUGAUCAAAACUUGGCCCAAUGGUCCGCGGGGGUUACCAAAAUUCCAAGUUGUUUGUUCGUGAUCCGAUAACCGUGUGUGAAUAUUUAAUAUUUAGAUUGUAAGCAAAAUUCGUGAUAUUUAGGGACUCAAUACAACCAAGACCCUAAUAAAUGACUUCAACUUUGGAGAUUGGAAUUGGAAA